UUUAAAAUCAAUAUUACUUGAAUGUUCGGCUUGCGAUUUACGUCAUUCUUCCGAAAAUUUAUCUGCGGAACUACGAAGAGUGACUAGGGAAUGGGGUAUUGAAAGGAAAGUGAUAUUUGCAGUAUCAGAUAAUGCUGCGAACAUCCAAAAAGCAAUUCAAGACAUAGGAUGGAAACAUAUUGGCUGUCUAGCGCACACAAUAAAUUUGCUAGUGAAAGAUGGGCUCAAAAAUGAGGACAUCCAAAAAACUAUUGAUAAAGUUCGGGGAAUAGUUAAGCAUUUUAAAAAAAGUAACAUUUCAUCCCAAAAAUUAAUAAAAUAUCAAGAAAACGUGGGAAAAACGCCCUUAAAAUUAAUAUUGGAAGUUCCGACCCGAUGGAAUUCCACGUUUAGCAUGCUAGAAAGGUUUAUAUUUUUAGAAGAAGCUGUGAAAAGUACUGUAGCCAUUAUUGAAAAAGAACUGCCUGUACUUACAGCUACAGAGUGGAACAUUAUAAAGGAACUGUGUCUGAUAUUAAAACCUUUUGAAGAAGCCACAAAAUCUCUGAGUGGAGAAAAUUAUUGCACCUCUUCGUUAGUGAUCCCCAUUUGUAAUGGAUUGAAGAAUAUUUUGGAAGAGUUACUGAGGAAAAAGUUAUCGGAAACUGUGACGAAUGUAGUGCAACGACUUCGAGGCAGUUUUCAGGAACGUUUAGGAAAUGUGGAAAACAAUAACACAUUAGCAGUGAGUACUUUUCUUGAUCCCAAAUUCAAACAAUUUGCAUUUUCGAAUCCUUCCAUGGCUGAAAAUACGAAAGAAAAUAUAAUGAAAAUGAUUGUAGAAAAAAUCUCCGAAGAGUCAAGUGAGUUAUAUCCAAGUAGCGCAGCAAAAGAAUCAAACGAUAAACCCAUGGAAGAAAUCGGGAAUGUGAAUUCUAUGUCUAUUUGGGGUACUUUCGACAAAACCAUUGCUUCUGUACAACCUAAAGGCACACACAAUUCUCGUGCAAUUAUUGAAAUACAGGGAUACAUUGAAGAGGGUGUUAUAUCUCGCCAUCAGAAUUCACUCUUGUGGUGGAAAAAUCACAAAGAAAGGUUACCGUAUUUAUCUAAAAUCGCACAAGAUCAAUUAUGCACUCUAGCAACAUCAGUUCCGUGCGAAAGAUUAUUUUCGAAAGCCGGAAAUAUAUUGACAGAACGUCGAAGCAGACUUAAUAAUAAAAAAACCCAAAUGAUUCUCUUCCUCAAUAGCAAUUUGUCGUUGGUAGAGAAUGAAUAAGAAUCAUUAUUAUUAAAUAAAUAUAUGAAUAUAUGCA